UUCCUCGAGGGAAAGGCCGUUUACAUCACUUCGAAAGAGUCAUUGCUAAUGGUAUGCUCAUCCAGUCCCAUGCCAAACUGCAAUCAUGAAGAGGCCGACACAAGAAUUGUGGUUCAUGUACUACACGCACUUCAGCAGGGAUUGACGACUGUGCAAGUUCGCACUGUGGACACUGAUGUUGUUGUUGUCCUUAUUGGUGUCUUUCNAUUAAAGCUCGUGAAAAUAAUGUGUCUCUUUUUGGUCAGUUGUAUAUCUCAAUGCAGAGCCGUGAAGGGUAUUUGGAAGAAUUCUUUUCUCAUGAAGUCCAAUCCUUUCCUCCCUGUCAGAAUUCGGCAAACUUUAUUUGCCGGGCACAAAGUCUGAACUGAUGAAAUGCCUUGAGCCACUACAUGAAUCUACGCCACCUGAAACACUCAGCUGUAAAGUAUUGGAUGGUGCUGUCAUCGUACACUGCUUGUCCAUCGCUGGAGUUACAACAUUCAAAGAAUACGCAGAGAAGGCUUUCAUCCCUCAUCUUCAUAGUCACCUACAAGGAACAGAAAGGUUGGACGUUGUAUGGGACACAUACAGACGAGAAAGUUUAAAGGAGUCGACUCGUCAGAAGAGAGGAAAGGGAGUCCGCAGAAAGGUAUCCGGAGAAACCAAGUUACCACGAAACUGGUCAGACUUUCUGCAUGAUUCAUCAAAAAAGAAAGAGCUGUUUGACUUUCUAACCUAUAAAGUGGCUAACUUUGUCUUCCUCGAGGGAAAGGCCGUUUACAUCACUUCGAAAGAGUCAUUGCUAAUGGUAUGCUCAUCCAGUCCCAUGCCAAACUGCAAUCAUGAAGAGGCCGACACAAGAAUUGUGGUUCAUGUACUACACGCACUUCAGCAGGGAUUGACGACUGUGCAAGUUCGCACUGUGGACACUGAUGUUGUUGUUGUCCUUAUUGGUGUCUUUCACAAGCUGUUACUGUCACAGCUCUAGGCUGAUAUUUGGGUCGCCUUUGGAGUUGGAAAGAACUACAGACUUUACAGCAUCAAUGCUCUGUCCACCAGCCUUGGCACAAAAAGGUCACAAGCACUACCAAUGCAUCACACGAUUUCUGGAUGCGACACAACCUCUGCUUUUUGGGGAAAAGGGAAGAAGUCGUUCUGGUAAGCUUGGAUGGCGUUUGAAGAGGUUACAGACACUUUUGUCUACCUAGCUUCACUUCCUUUUGAGCCCCUUGAUUCCAACUGUGAGAACUUUCGUAAGAUCGAGCGGCUGAUCGUCCUCGUCUACGACAAAACGAGCGCUUCACUUUCAAUCAACCAGACAAGGAGGGAAUUGUUCUGUCUAAAGAACGUCACGAUGGAAAGUAUGCCACCGACGCAGAAUGCCCUCCUACAACACACGAAGGGGGCUGUUUACCAAGCUUCUAUCUGGGUUACAAGUACCCAAGUACAGCAGAUGAUUCCUUCCCAAGCGACUAUGGCUGGGGACAAGUAG